GUCAUAAUGUAACAGAUAUUGUUGUUUCGGAUUAAAAUUUACAAAUUCACAAUUUUCAUUAACCUAUGUUUUAGCUUUUUAGAUAACAAUAGUAACUGUUUUCAAGUUAAAUUUCUAAAAAUUUUGUGUUACAUUCUUGAGAUGAGUUUUUCACAAAAAAUACCACCGGAAUGGACCUUCAACUGUUUCCUUGAUGAAGUCGUUUGUAAUUUAGAUCAAAACCACGAAACGUUUUUGAGACUAAAACGGAACCUUGAAGGGUAUUUCAUCUUGUUAGAUAAUUGUUUACGAGAUGCCAAAACAGCAGACGACCUGUUCGAAAAGCUAAAGGACAAACGACUUCUGACCAGAUAUAAUAUUGACUUCCUCCAUUACAUUUUACAUGAACUAGGGGAUGUAGAUAUUUUGAUGCAGUUAAUGACAAGGAAGAAACUCUUCAGCACGGAGAUAGGUUUUCAGAGUCCUGCAGAAGACGCACCAGAGAGAGGCUUUGAACAUAUCACAACAUUUAUGCAAAAGGAAAAUGCCAGCACUUUUGACAUGGCGAUGCUAUAUGAUUUUAAAGCAAACUUUUCGUCAUUUCUAAUGAUACCAUUAGCAAAGAGCUUUAUCAUAGGGAUAGAACCUUAUGAUAACGGCCUUAAAAUAACAUUUGGGAUGCCAGAGAUGUACGUUCAUGUUUUUGAAAAAUGGACGAGUGAAAAUUCUUGCGAUGAGGUAUUGAAAAGUCUUCACAUAGAAACAAUACUGACGAGAAACCAAGUAUUCCUAAUUAAAGGUCAGGAAGACAAAACGCCCGAAGAGGAAAGUCGAUUAAAAGGCAUUUCAGCUUUAUACAACGACAUUCAAGAGCGAACUAAAGAUUUAAAUCGUGCCGAAGAAUUUAUGCAAAAACAGAUUGACCAACUUGGGAAAAUCGGAUGUUUACCGGAUCGUCUGCUGAAGUUACACACAAAAUCUGGGAUGUCUGUUACUUUAUGGAAAACUCUUGUAAAAACUCGGAACGGAAAACUGGCGUCUCAUUAUAUUCCGCUGCAAAAUCAUAUUGAACUUGAAAAACAGUCCUUACAUUCCAAAAUAGUUAGAAUUUAUCCACAUAUCAAAGAACCGUUCUGUGGUAAAAAAAACUAAAUAAGACUUAAACUGUUGUCUUAACCUUAUGCCAGUUAACAUCUUAAGGUCGUUUGUAUGCAUUGUCUCAACUUAUUAUAUCAAUGUAUCAGUUUAAAUAAAGUGAAUCUACAAUAAAAUCUGAUCAUUUUUAGGUAUGUCAUUGAGAUGAAAAUAUUUUGAAAUAAAAGCAAUUCCGUUGCAUAAGAAACAUAUUAUUUAUUAAAAUUUAAGGA